CACUCAUCGUAAUACCAAACAGUUUUAUAAAAACGUAUGAGCAUACACCACCGCUUUUUGGGUUAAGUGUAGAUUCAGAAUACAUUUGUACACUAUAUCAAACGAUAUUAAAAUGAUUUCAACACGGUUUUUUAUGUCAGCAAUUACGUUACUAAUUGUGGUCCAAUGCAUUUCUUGUUUAGAGAAAACAGACACAAAGGUUGGUGCUACCAAACCUGAUAAGAACUCGUUCAUUUCCAUCAAUAAAUCAGAACCUCAACCGGAAGAAGAGGUAAUGACCGAAGAUAAUUCAUUGAUAAAAUCAACAACAAAUUGCAUUCGUAAUAUAAUCAAGAAGCCCUUUGAUUUAGUUUUGUGGCCCUUAAAAGGGGUAAUGAGUUCGUUGAAAACUGCCGCGAACAUAUCAAAUCCUCAAACAACAAAUAAAAAACCUUUGGAAAAUUCAUAAUACAUGAUGAAUAGUAGUUACACGGUUACACAUAAACCUUUAUAAAUAUUCAUAAUAAUAAUAAUAAUAUAUAUAUAUAAUAUUGCAGUGAUAUGU